UGUUCUUUUUCCUCUCUCUCUCGCUCUCUCUCUCUCAUUCAUUUACAUGCACAUGAUUCUGUGAUAUCCUAGGAGAGAAGAGAGAAAUGGGAAGAGCCCCAUGUUGUUCAAAAAUUGGUAUGAAUAGGGGUCCGUGGACUCCCAAAGAAGACACAUUGCUCAUGAACUAUAUUAAGGCUCAUGGUGAGGGCCAUUGGAGAUCUUUGCCUAAAAAUGCAGGGUUACUUAGAUGCGGUAAGAGCUGCAGGCUAAGAUGGCUGAACUAUCUUCGACCUGAUAUAAAGCGAGGAAACAUUGCUCCUGAUGAAGAAGACCUAAUUAUCAGGCUUCACUCACUUCUUGGCAACCGUUGGUCUCUUAUUGCUGCAAGGUUGCCUGGCCGAACUGACAAUGAGAUAAAAAAUUAUUGGAAUUCUCAUCUAAGCAAAAAGGUCAAGAACUCAGCAAAGAAUGUCCAAAACGACCACAAAGGAGCAUCAAAUUGUGUUCAAGUUCCAAACAGGCGAAAGAAGAAGAAUGAUAAUCAAGAUAGUUCUAAUGGAGAAAUGAUAAUAAAGACAAAAGUUCAUCAACCAAAGGCUGUGAGGGUUUCACCUUUUGCAAUUACAAGGAAUAAUAGUAUUGAAAGCAUGGUAAGUGGUUCAUCUAGUAAUGGAGAUGGAAACAAUAAUAAUAAUAAUGGACUCGAUCAUGCAGAGGCUCUGAAUUGUCCUUGGUUUUGGUCUGAUCACAAAGAUGCUGAUAUUAAUGGUGGAGAGGCUCUGGUUUGUGAAAAUAACCAUAGUGAUUUUGUGAAUGAUUAUGACGAUGCAUGUUACUUUUCAUGCCAAAACUACUCUGAGACCACAGAAAAUAUGCUUGACAAGAUUUAUGAGGAAUAUCAGCAGCUUCUAGAGGAUGAAAAUGAACUCCCUUUGGACUCAUUUGUAAAAUCCUUGUUGAUUUGAUUGUAUACUAAUUAAUAAAAAAAAAAAGUUCCAUUGUAUGAAUGGAAGUAGCGCUAUCUAGUUAGGUUUAUUAUGGAUUUGGCUGUACUAAAAAUAAGAGCAACGUCAUGUGUUUAUUAAGUUAUAUAUUAGCUCAUCGAUCAUGCGGAUUAUGGUAUGUUUAGUGUUUGUAUU